AAGGAGAACUCAGCUAGAAGAAAAGAAGGAAAAGAUUAGUCUCACGGCAGUUACAGCUGUGUUCAUGCAAAACCAGCUGCAGAUGAAACCUUCUCUGGCUCAAGGAAUCUAAGCAUCAAAUGGGCAUGAAGAGUGUGUUGGAGAAGUAGCCACCAUUAACCCUUUUGAAGCACAGCAGUAGGACCACAGAAGGAAAGCUACACUGUUUUUUUUCCUGUGUUGAAGCUUCUCUUGGGAUGAAAUGGAGAAUUUUAACCUCUGAGGAGAAAAUGGCCAAAAUGGAGGUCAAGACGUCACUUUUGGACAACAUGAUAGGGGUGGGAGAUAUGGUUCUUUUAGAGCCACUUGAUGAAGAUUCAUUCAUCAAUAAUCUGAAAAAGCGCUAUGAUCACAAUGAAGUAUAUACAUACAUUGGCAGCGUGGUGAUAUCAAUAAACCCCUACAGAUCUCUACCCAUUUAUACUCCAGAAAAAGUGGAAGAAUACAGAAACCGAAACUUUUAUGAACUCAGUCCUCACAUCUUUGCUCUGUCAGAUGAAGCAUACAGAUCUUUACGGGACCAGGACAAAGACCAGUGUAUCCUUAUUACAGGAGAGAGUGGAGCUGGAAAAACAGAGGCAAGCAAACUUGUCAUGUCAUAUGUCGCUGCUGUGUGUGGAAAAGGGGCGGAGGUUAAUCAAGUAAAAGAACAACUUUUGCAGUCAAAUCCAGUUCUUGAAGCUUUUGGAAAUGCCAAAACUGUGAGGAAUGACAACUCGUCUAGAUUUGGAAAGUACAUGGAUAUUGAGUUUGAUUUCAAGGGUGACCCACUUGGAGGAGUUAUAAGCAACUAUCUGCUAGAGAAGUCUCGUGUUGUUAAGCAGCCAAGAGGUGAAAGAAACUUCCACAUUUUCUAUCAGAUACUGUCUGGUGCAUCAGAAGACUUCCUCUGCAAACUCAAACUGGAGCGGGACUUCAGCAGAUACAACUACCUGGGCCUUGAUUCUGCCAAAGUGAAUGGAGUGGAUGAUGCUGCAAACUUCAGAACAGUUAGGAACGCAAUGCAGAUUGUUGGUUUUAUGGAUCAUGAAACACAGUCUGUUUUUGAAGUGGUGGCAGCCGUUCUGAAAUUGGGAAAUAUUGAAUUUAAGCCUGAAUCUCGUGUGAAUGGCCUAGAUGAAAGUAAAAUCAAAGAUAAAAAUGAACUCAAGGAAAUCUGCGAGUUGACGGGUAUAGACCAGUCUGUAUUGGAAAGAGCUUUCAGCUUCCGGACGGUUGAAGCCAAGCAAGAGAAAGUUUCAACAACACUAAAUGUGGCUCAGGCUUAUUACGCCCGUGAUGCUCUGGCUAAGAAUUUAUACAGUCGGCUGUUCUCUUGGCUUGUUACCAGAAUCAAUGAGAGCAUUAAGGCACAAACAAAAGUGAGAAAGAAGGUAAUGGGAGUGCUGGACAUCUAUGGCUUUGAAAUUUUUGAGGACAACAGCUUUGAGCAAUUCAUCAUCAACUACUGUAAUGAGAAGUUGCAGCAGAUCUUCAUUGAACUUACCCUCAAAGAAGAGCAGGAGGAAUACAUCCGAGAGGGGAUUGAAUGGACUCAUAUUGAGUAUUUCAACAAUGCUAUAAUUUGUGACCUAAUAGAAAAUAACCAAACUGGAAUCCUGGCCAUGCUAGACGAAGAAUGCCUUAGACCAGGAACUGUUACCGAUGAAACCUUUUUAGAAAAACUGAACCAAGUCUGUGCCACUCACCAGCAUUUUGAGAGCAGGAUGAGCAAGUGCUCCCGGUUCCUCAAUGACACCUCCUUGCCUCACAGCUGCUUCAGGAUUCAGCAUUACGCUGGCAAGGUUAUGUACCAGGUGGAAGGAUUUGUUGACAAAAACAAUGAUCUUCUGUACCGUGACCUCUCCCAGGCCAUGUGGAAGGCCAGUCACUCCCUUAUCAAAGCGUUGUUCCCAGAAGGUAACCCCGCUAAGAUCAAUCUAAAGAGACCACCGACGGCAGGUUCACAGUUCAAGGCUUCAGUUGCUACCCUGAUGAAAAAUCUUCAGACAAAAAAUCCAAACUACAUUAGGUGCAUCAAACCCAAUGACAAAAAGGCUGCACACAUUUUCAAUGACGCCCUGGUGUGCCACCAGAUCCGCUACCUUGGUCUUCUGGAGAACGUCCGCGUCAGAAGGGCAGGUUAUGCAUUCAGGCAGGCGUACGAGCCUUGUCUGGAAAGGUACAAAAUGCUGUGUAAGCAAACAUGGCCCCACUGGAGAGGGCCAGCCAGGGCUGGAGUAGAGGUACUGUUUAAUGAAUUGGAAAUCCCUGAAGAAGAAUUUUCAUUUGGUAGAUCAAAGAUAUUCAUCCGCAACCCAAGAACGCUCUUCAAACUAGAAGAUCUGAGAAAGCAGCGGUUGGAGGACUUGGCGACACUAAUUGAGAAGAUUUAUAGAGGUUGGAAGUGCCGCACACGCUUCUUGUUAAUGAAAAAGAGCCAGAUUGUCAUUGCUUCCUGGUACAGGAGAUAUGCACAACAAAAAAAGUAUCAGAAGAUAAAGAGUUCAGCUAUUAUAGUACAGUCUUACAUCAGAGGAUGGAAGGCUCGGAAACUUCUUCGGGAACUUAAGCAUCAGAAGCGUUGUAAUGAGGCUGCCACAAUAAUUGCCGCUUAUUGGCAUGGUACCCAGGCUCGAAGGGAAUUGAAACGCUUGAAGGAGGAGGCUAGGCGUAAGCAUGCUGUUGCAGUCAUUUGGGCUUACUGGCUUGGACUGAAGGUCCGUAGAGAGUACAGGAAAUUCUUCAGAGCCAAUGCUGGAAGAAAAAUUUAUGAAUUUACCCUUCAGAGACUUAUGCAAAAAUACUUCCUGGAAAUGAAGAAUAAGAUGCCUUCUUUAUCACCGAUAGAUAAAAACUGGCCAGCGAGACCUUACCUUUUCUUGGAUUCAACUCACAAGGAACUAAAGCGGAUCUUCCAUUUGUGGAGGUGUAAAAAGUACAGAGACCAGUUCACAGAUCAGCAGAAGCUUAUAUAUGAAGAAAAACUGGAAGCAAGUGAACUUUUCAAGGACAAGAAGGCUUUAUAUCCAGCCAGUGUUGGGCAGCCGUUCCAAGGGGCUUACUUGGAAAUCAGCAAGAACCCCAAGUACAAAAAACUUAAAGAUGCUGUGGAUGAAAAGAUCAUUAUUGCAGAAGUUGUGAAUAAGAUCAAUAGAGCUAAUGGGAAGGCUACAUCCAGGAUUUUCUUAUUAACCAAAAAUAAUGUUCUUCUUGCGGAUCAAAAAUCUGGGAAUAUCAAGUCAGAGGUUCCACUGGGAGAUGUUACCAAAGUGUCCAUGAGCUCCCAAAACGAUGGCUUCUUCGCAGUGCACCUCAAGGAGGGUUCAGGAGCAGCUGGUAAAGGAGAUUUCCUCCUCAGCAGCGAUCACCUUAUUGAAAUGGCCACUAAACUUUACCGCACUACGCUCAGCCAAACCAAACAGAAGCUCAACAUUGAGAUAUCUGAUGAGUUUCUGGUCCAGUUCAGACAAGACAAAGUGUGUGUGAAGUUCAUCCAAGGCAGCCAGAAAAACGGCAACAUCCCAACUUGCAAGCGAAAAAACAAUCGGCUUCUUGAAGUGGCUGUCCCUUAACUGCAGCUGGUGACUCUCCCAUUCACGGACUUGUUUCUUUGUAAUAGUGCAAUUUUAGUUGUUUGGUUUUGCUGGUUUUAUCCCUUUCUGGAGCUGUUGAUGGCUAAUAGCUUUAGAAACCCUUGGCAAAACAUUUGAUCAAUCGACUUUUUAAUCUUUUUUGUUCAUGCCAGAGUUUUAACCCUCAAAAUGCAGAUUUUUACCCAGUGAGGCAUUUUUACCAGCUGGCACGUAUCUGUCAUACAUGAACCAUUCUCUUUGUUUAGCGGUCAUAUUUUAGUGCAGCAUACCCUAAACCCACAUAUUAAUGAUAAAUUACUCGUAUUCCUUAGCCUAGAGAUCCGCUUAACAGGAACUAUACAUGGCCUUGAUGCUCGAUGGCCACUCGUGCCCAGUGUCUUUAUAGCGACCUGUUCUGGUGCUCUGGCUCCUUGCUUGCCACCGCUGGGGAGGCCGGCAGAACGGCGACCAACACACUAACUCCUACAGUUAACGCUAGGACCUAUGUCAUUCAAUCUUUUGCUCAGUACAGCACAGGAACAUCUAAUUCUGCAAAACAGAAGGAAUAUAUGAUUAUACAAGCAGCUAUAUGCAUAAUUUUAUAGUAAAAGACGCAGAAAUUUUGAAACAGGAUUUUUAAUUAGGUCAGACUUUUUUAAUGACUUUAUGCAGUAGAAUUCAGUAAAAUUAAAAAAGCUCAUUUCUGUCAUAAAAGCUAUACAGUUCGAGGCAUAUAUUCUGUCCUGCUUUUUUUCAUCUAAAUUAUCGGUUAAGAUUAGAGCCUGAAAAGGGCGAUAGUAUUCAUAACACAGGUAAAUGCUAGGUAUUUAAACAGUUAGUUAUCAAGCAGAAGGUUUGAGCCUUUCUUUUAGAUAUUGGCAUGUACAAUGUGCAAUAAAGCAUACAUGACAUUUUGUGAAAAAUUAUUUAUAAUACAUUUUUGUGUGCAAGAGAGAGGAUUGGUGCAGACUGCAUAGACCAUGUAGGGGUUAAAAUAGAUUUGUGUUGUUCAUUUGCAGUUUUUUAGAGUGUACACUACAGUUGUCAAUUUGGGAAAAAUACUUAGAAUUAAAAAAUCCUUCAUUUGGGGGUCUGUAUAUAAAUUGGUAUUACGGUAAUAAAACUGUUCUAAUUCUGUACUGUUUGGUACUCCUAUGUUAUAACCGUAUUUUUGUACUCCAAACUAUUUUAUAUAACUUGUGUGCCUGAUGUAAAUGCGUGCACAGAAAAUACAAUCAAGAGCUGCAUUAUAAACUUUCAGUGUAACUGAUUGCACUUAAUCUCUUGUAAGCCAGAAGCAUUAGUUGAAAUCCUUAAGAGGAGAGAUGCGUUUUCAGAUCGAAGUAACUACUCAAGUGAAGGGUUUGUUGGAUGUGACUGUUUGAUUUGUUGAUGCAAGGACAGUUGAGAAAGCAUUGUAUUUUUGCAGUCUGAUAUAGGGCAGAUUAAGACCCUGGGUAUCUGAUGUGCAGUGCUGGAAGUCCGAGCAUAAAUAAAGGAAAGAUAAAGAAAAGUUCAGAGUCUCGUUACUCUCCCGGUGGUAAAGUUACGUAGCGCUCAUGGCUGCCAAGGCUCCUCUGGGUGGUUCAACAUUAAUGUCGGCUCUCCGUGUUAAAAAGCCAUUUACUGCAAUAGAUGUUCUGGUGCUAACGGCUCUCGACCUGAAAAAAGCCAGCUGGUUUGGGUUAUGCCAC